AUGAUUGGCGUGGCCCAACGUUUUGCCCUUCGCCCGCUGUUGGCGCCGUCACUAAUUCUUCGCCGUAGAUUUUCAAUCAAGGCUAUCUACUCAUCGUUUCCCACAACACUUUCAUACUACAGCCCGCGUCCCAAACUUUGCUUGUACGACGAAAGCGAGGCCGAUGACCAUCCAGAUGAUGUUUGGGAUGAUCGAGUCAUGCUGGAAAACGGGAUUGUGUUUCCGAGGGCUACGCAGAAUCCAUCCGUCUCCAAUGGUGCUGUUAUGUUUCCCAACACGGUCUUGAUGCAGCAACUCUUUCGUCGUAACUAUGAUGACGCUCUCGACCGCGAAGAAGCCGGCUCAAAAAUCGAGACGCCCUAUGUCUUCUCCUUCUCCCUCCAGCCAGCCCAUGGCAUGCCUCUUGAAGUCCUCAACGAAGCGCUUAAUGACUUCUACAGCUUAUACGCCCGCAAAGAGAAAGCAGACACAUGGCUGGAUAAUCACCCAUACCACCUUGCAAUCGAUGAUUACAACGAUGAGAAGUGGAUGUCUAAGCAGUGA